UUAAUUACAAAGAAGAAAUGAAAUUUUCGUGCGUGAUUUUCUUCUUUGUCAUAACAUUUGCCGCGCAUUUUCAACGCAUACAAGCCUUUGUUAGCGAUGAGCUCCUGCAUUUCAAGCGCGCAUUGGACGAUGCUUCCAAUGCCCUGCAAGAUGUCAAAGAAUCACCGGCGAUAAACGGCAAUGUCGAACUGCAGCGACAACGCCGUGAGUCAAUCGAUGACCUGCUUAGUAAUUCUCAGCUCGACUUAAAUCUGGACUUGGAGCGUGAGGCGCUCGAUUUGGAUAAUGAUUUUUUGCAUCCGCUGCAAGGACGUGCCACAAAAAAUGAUAAUAAAAGCAAUAAUGAAAAAGGCGCUACGAAUGUAAACGUAAAUGACCAAUUAAAUGAAUUAGUGCGCGCCAAUUCACGUUUUCAGAAUCUACACAGACAACUGCUGAAAAGUUUUCAUGGUAGCAACUCGAAUCUAAAUCUAGACAUGGCGUUGCAAAAGGCGAAAGCGAAAGAUGUCGUGAAAAGUGUAAGUGGUACGGGCACAAAUGAUAAGAAUACCAACAAGGAUAAGGAUGCAAAUCGUUACAGCAAUGCGUACAAAUACAAGGCAAAUCAAAAUAGCAACACCGGCGCGGGCAACUCAAACAAGGAUAGCUACAAUUCAGAUUUCAAUUGGAAAUCGGAUUUGGGUGUGAAGAAUAAUAUUGACUUUGAUUUGGUCUCUGGCAAAGAUGGCUCCAUUGAAACGCCGUAUGCGCAAACAUUUUCGAAGUUCGACUCUCCGCAAAGCCUCAAUGCGGACGCGAACCAUAAGGAUGCUGGUCUGGCGUCCAGUGUGCUUACCAAAGCUUACAUCAGUUGCAAACCGUUAUCGAAAAAUGCUGGUCCUACUAAAACUGAUAAUACUUACAUGGAAUUCACAUCAAACUUUCACGAGCCCGAAUCAAAUAAAGAAAGUAAUGCGAAGAGUAAUUUGAAUAGUUUCUUGUUACUCGAAGCGAACAACUACCGAAAUGCGUUGAGAGCUAAAAAUAUACCAAAUAUGGAUGAGUUGCAGGAAGUGAGUGAAAAGAAGGUCGAUCCAGAAAUGCAUAGAAUGAUGCAAAAAGUAGAUUUUCCACAAUUCAGGAUAGAUUUCGAUUCUUCAAUGGAAGAUUUUGCACGUAAAUCCAAAUCGGAAUCUGCAGACGAUGAUGAACCGAUCACCUAUGAGAAAACUAUUGAAAACAUACAUUUUCCAAACAUUGUCAAUGAUCAAUUCGAUUUGGCUCGCAAUGACUUAUCACACGAAGCUAACUACAAACUCUCAAAGGUAGAACAGGAACAAUCGGAACCGCGCAAAGAGCAUGCACAUAGCGGCGAGAAUAAUGUGAACUCGCAGGAGAUGGAUGAUAAAUUGAAAGCUCCUUCGAAACGCAGUUCAGAUUUUAAUCCAAUGGAUGAAAUCAAAUUGAAGACCAGCUCACGUUUAAUGGCAAAGGGUUUUGGGCCCUCCCUGCCCAGUUACGCGCUUUCCGAAACACAACAUGAGCUACAACUGGAUGAUGCUGUAAAGAACUUGGAGAGGAAUUUUAACGCAGAUAGUGAAAAUAAUCAAAGAGACAGCUACCGGAAAGGAUCCCUCGUGUCCAAAGAUAUACUCGAUUGGCAGGAUCGACUUGCGCGUAUGGAUGAAGUUGAGGAGCAUUCGUACGAAAAGCUUAUUUACGAUGGCACACCAGAGGCUUCGUCGAGAGACGAGAGUGAUUCAAUUAAAAAAAAUGAUGAAAUUGUAAUCGAACCUACUUACACUUUACUACGCAAAAGGAAAAUUCUUCAGCAACCAGUCGAAGAUGACAGCCACAUCCUAGACUUACUGCGCGCAAGGCGUGUGACUAAAAACCCUAGUGGCGACGAUCAAGUGCAAAGUUUAGAUGCCGAUUCGCCGGAUGAUAUGUUAUUGAUGCAAUUACCAGAUCGUACGGGAGUAGACGAUAAUAAAAAUCUAGCCGCCGAAAUACCUGCGCCAGAAGUACCAGCACCAGAAAUACCAGCUCAAGAGGAUGCAGCUGAUUUUGAGCAAGCCGACGAUGAAAAUCCAAUAGGGGCGGAUGUAGACGCGUUGGCGGAAAAAUUCAAACGAUGUGGCGAGCAAGAGGACACGAAUAAGAGCAGUGACCAGAUAGGCGCGCCUUGUGAUAGAUAUGACGACGUGCCAAAUAAGAUGCCCAUAUUUAAAUUUAAACGAGAUGCAAACAAAGGUGAGGAUUCCAAUGCACCAAGGCGACGAGUUAAGCGUAUUGGUGUACUCAAUGAGGCUGGAGAAAUUACCGGUAUUAGGGAAGUAGAUUUGGGUGCACUAAUCGAUUUCAUGACUGUUAAAGAAUUGCAACCAAAGCGGGAGGUGGUAGAAAAAAGCAAGGAAGGUGUAGAAGAGGACGCGAAAGCUAGAAGAUCAAGCCGAGUUGAUGGAAUAAAUGAAAGAAAACCUUUGCGCCCGAAAGUACUACGUAGGCACAGACGUGAGUUGAGCUUAACCAAAGAUGAAGUUUUUAACGAUGAUACUUUGUAUGUCUUGAAUGGAUCCGAAAGAAUGCGCCGAUCAGUCAAUAAAAAGGAAAUUUGUCGCAUGAGACGAGAAGCAGAGAAGACGGAAACUGAGAAGACGGAAGCAGAAAAGACGGAAGCGAAUGUGACGAAGCCAGAAAAAGUGGAGACAAGUGAAAAUAGAGAGACGAGAAAGAGCGAGCCAAAUACUGAACAGAAGGCUGAUGUAAAGAAAUCAACAACGAGCGACUUAAAGGAUGCAAACAACACUGAUCACUUAAUGGGCAAGCGGGCGGCAAAUAUUGUGGAUGAUAUCGACGAUAAUAGUAGCAAUAAUCGAAAACUCUUAGACGCUGCUUUGUUCCUGUCAGACAGAGGUAAUUCCGUGCCUGCGCACACGUUCAGAGAUUGCCCGUUGGCCCAAAGGCGUGCAGCUGUAACGCAAUAUGGCGAUAACGAUAGUGGGAAUCGGAGAUUUAUGCAGGCAGUUGGUAGAUUUGCAGGUCGUUCGCCGGCUGAAAUAAGUGAAACUCUUGAUGAUGCUGCUGUUAUUGCGGCAGAUAGAAGGGCGAUGAACGCUGCUCGAGCGGCGUAUGCACGAAAUUCAGCCAGAGAUGGUAGUGACAACGAAGAGGAGCGUGAAGAAGACUACAGAGAUUUGAUGGCGCGGCUAAGACGACUUUCUCUACAAAAUCGCGGACACGAGGCAGACAGAGAAAACGAUUUUAUCAAGUCUGUUGACGAGUUUGGUAAUCAAAAGUUUGAUAAUCUCAAAGAGGUGGAUCAGUAUGCGCGCGAAUUCGAUGGAAUGCCAGUCGACAAUCUUUGGUAUGGCUCUGAUCCUUGGGAAGAAGAUAAUAAUAGUGAUAACGAUCAGCAAAAUGAUGUACCUAGCGAAGGUAGUGCAAAUAAAAAUCGGCCGAUCCCACAGCACACUGCACUGACAAUAAAGCUUGAAGACGGUGCGAUCAAAAGUAUUGAAAGAAGCGACGAGCAGAAUAAGGAAAAUGAAGCAAGUGUGGCAAAUGAGAAAACAGAGAGCGAAGUGGAGGAAGACGAUGGCAACAAUGAAAGUGCGCCCUUUGGUUGGUUUGGAAAAAGCAAAAAUAAAGCCGAUGACGCAAAAUGUAGGGAUGAUGGCACGGUAGUGAAAGUGAAUGAUCAGCUGCUCAAUUGCACGGCCUUUAACACAUUGGAGGAAUUUCUCAAAUCAGUGCAGCAACAAAAGAAUAGGACUGACAGCGGCAAAGGUGUUGGAGGAAAUGCAAGUGGUGGGGGUAGCGGUAAUAAUACUAUUAGUAAGGGUGGAAGAGUGGAAGGAAGCCAUGGAGGCGGUAAACAAGGAAGUGAUGGACAAGAGAUUGGACGGCAAGGUACAAGUGGGAAAGGCAGUGGUGGGCAUGAAGGUGCUGGGAGGGGAGGCGAUCGGCAAGGAACGGGAGGACAGGAAGGUGGCGGUCAUGGCGGUGGCGGUCAUAGCGGUGGUGGUCAUAGUGGUGGUGGUCAUAGCGGUGGCGGUCAUAGCGGUAGUGGUUAUGGAGGUGGUGCAAAAUGUGGAAAUGACGAGCAAAGAACAAGUGGCCAUGAAGCUGAUGGGCAUGGGGAUUACGGCAGGUAUGGCAACGCGAAGAACGGUAUGGGUAAUGACAAGAAAAGUGGGAGCGGAAGUGGUGGCGAUAGCGGCAAUAGGGAUAAAGAGGCAGGAAGUGGUAGAGUUGACUAUGGUGCUGGUGGCACUGGCAACGGUCUCGGUCCCGCUGGUAGCAGCUGCGGUACGACAGGCACCGAUGGUAAUUCUGGUAAAAAUUCAAAUGGUGAAGCAAUUAAUAUGACUGUUGAAAUUCAACCAGUUACACCGCGCCCACUGGGGUCGAGCGGGCAAAAAGCCAUGAAGCUGAAUAUCACAAUCAAUGCGAGCGUCAUGGGUGAUCAGAAGGCGAAAAAUUUCUUUGGUAACGGCACAAUUAAAGUGCAGAGUGAAGAUCGUGAACGUCGUGGCAUUUCAUUUCCGCAAAUAACACAACUCAAACGCUAUGCAAUGAAGCGAAAGUGUGCCAAGCCGAAGACGAGUUCUAGUUGCGACGAAAACUCCAUCGGUGGUAAGGGAGCUAUGGAAAUUGUCAAGUCUAUUUUCGAUAUGGUGAAAUGCAGCCCCCAAAUGAAACCAUUGUGGGCCAGUUUGAAGCGUAAUCAACAAUGCAUGAAGAAAGUACCACCUGCAGAGUCCGGUUUUGAGAAAAUGCAAAAAGAUGACGCAAAUCGUAUCGAAGACAUGGUUCAACAGGCCAUGGAAGCCAUCAGUGAUAUAAUCGACGAUCAAGUAGAGCAACGCUCUUGUCUAACCCUACCACCGGAAAUGAAAGUUUUCUACGAACAGAUUCUCGACACCUUUGAGAGCAAUGCUGCAGAAGGUGUGCGUGAGAAACGUGAUAAUAUGGACAGUCCUAAUAGUUCAAUCGAUGAGUUCAGCAAAGAAGUGCGCCUAAUUGAUCCCAAUCAAAUUGAGGAACGUUCACGUAUCGUUAAGAAAUUGUUGCGUCAAUACGACGAUCUACCCGCUGAGGAGCAACAGCAGAUGGUGGGUGUGCGCGAUAAUUUGCUGCAGAAUCUCGGAUUUUUGGAAAGUAUCAAGGAAGAUCAAACGGCAAAAAAACGGGAACAGGCGCCACAGUCGCCGCUGGAACAGCGACUGGAGCGGAAGCCAGAACAACAACCAGAAGAGCCGCAAGCACCUGAACAACAUAAGGUUGGAGAAACAGAGACGGAUAUACAAGAUCGAUGGCGACGUGAAUUGCUCAAGCAAAUGGAAGUUGAAAAGGGCGAUGACGAAGAGGCGUUGAAAGCAUUCAAUCUACCGUAUACGCCCGAGUAUUUGCGGUUGCUGAAAGCGGCUGAAUUGAUGGAAGAAAGGGAAAUAAGAGAGUCUGAGAGUCGGAGCGGAGAAAACGAAGAGAGCGGAGAGGUUGCGUUGAUUCGACAGUGAGCUAAGGCGCGUUUUGCUGCUGCAAACCUUUAAUGUGUGUCAAGUUAAAAAUCUUUAUUUUUAUACAAUUUUUAUUUUUUUUGUGAAUUUUCUCGUAAAUUGAUAUUUAUAAUUAUUUUAUC